AUGACAUCACUACCAUCCAUGAAAUGCGAUGGACAGUGCAAAGCAAGGGCACGUGGCUAUCCCGAACCGAUUGUGACAUGGCGUCGAGAAGACGGCAACGAAAUUGUGCUCAAAGACAAUGUAGGCACAAAGACCAUGGUGUCCUCAUUUCGUGGGGAAGUGCUAAAGCUGACGAAAAUCUCACGCAGCGAAAUGGGCUCGUACCUCUGCAUUGCAUCAAAUGGUGUGCCGCCGUCGGUUUCAAAACGGAUCUCGCUCAGCAUACAUUUUCAUCCUGUCAUUCAAGUACCGAAUCAAUUAGUUGGCGCACCGCUUGGCACUGAUGUCCAGAUCGAGUGUCACGUCGAGGCCUCACCAAAAUCAAUUAACUACUGGAUUAAGGACACUGGUGAAAUGAUUGUAUCCUCAUCAAGAUAUCAUGUGCAGGAGUCCUCGAAAUCCAUGUACGAGACGAAGAUGACAAUGAUUGUGCGUAAAUUCCAAAAAGAUGAUGUCGGCUCAUACCGUUGCAUAGCGAAGAACUCACUCGGUGAGGUGGAUAGCAGCAUAAGGCUUUAUGAAAUUCCCGGUCCAAAUCGUAAAAAUCCAGCGGGCAAACAUGCCGGUGGCAGCAGCGAUGCGGACACCAAUGACGUGCUAAAAAUGAAGCAAGUCAAAGUCACAUAUCAGCCAGACGACGAAGACCUAUACGGCUCAGCGGAGGAUUUCGAUGACAGCGAAUUACCGUCGCCGCCGUUAACGCCAAACAUCUACUACGCGAAUGGUCAGAAGUCGGCGACACAUCGGCCGGCCAUGUCCGGCGCCGGCACUGGCAUCGGUGGAGGUAGCGGCGGGCAACUCGCCUCGGCUGGUGGUGCAUCAGACGGUCGCCAUCACCAUCAUAAUUCAGGUGGUGUCGGCGGUGGUGGUGGUGGUGGCAUUGGCGGAGUCGGUGGUAUUGCCAAUCUCGAUUUCGGCAACCUGGGUGCCACAAGCGGCGGCGGCAUUAGCAUUAGUAGCGGUUUCGCGGUGGCGUACUUUGGUAGCAUAGCGCGCAAGCCUCCGUUUUAUGACAGCUUUGUCGGCAUGUUUGGUGGCAAAACGGAAGUGCGCGACGCAGUGGAGAAUAACGAGCUGCGAUCGGCGGUCGCGCGGACACAACAUGAGGGGCGCUUUGCGUCGGUGUGCCACAAUGGCUGCUGGUGUUGGUGGUGGUGGCGGCAACAGCUGAACGAAAGCCAUUACCGUUGGCUUGGUCAGUGGCUGCAGACGCUGUUCGCUUUGCUCGUUUCCACUUUAAUCACUUCAUUCUGUGGGAAUUUAUUAUAAUACGCGGUUGUCGUUAAAUGUCAAUGCGUUGCCCCAGCGCGGCCUGCCGUUAUGCGCGUCGACAUUCAUUUCGGCGAGGAUGUGAGUGACGCACAAACCAUGGUGCGCGCGCCGGUGUUCAACGGAUGCUGUCAAUGUGUCGAAUGUGUCGAAUGCGCCGAUGUUGCAUGUAGUGUCUCCUGUUGCAGUUGCUAGUUGAAUUUUGCGUUGCAGUGUGUUGCGUUGAAAAUGAAUUUAAACAGGUUUGUAUGAAAUGUUUAACCUUUAAUACAAAAAAAAAUAAUA